AUGGUAUAUCGAUAUGCGUUCAAAGAUGCCACAAACAAUGAGGCGAUUGCGCUUUUGCCCGAGCGAGAAAAGCUCCAGGCGAUUGAGCGCGUUAUCUACAAGAAGCUUUUCGGCGAUGAUCCCACGGAUGAGCAAGACGAUACCGAAGAUGCAAAGUUUACGGCUGAACCCAAGAAAAACGAUGUUUCCGUAUCCAACGACGGUAGAAAUACGGGGAAUGCUGCUACUCCUACCGCCAAAAGGAAAAACGAUACCCAAGAAGCCGGAGACCCAGUCGAUUACAAUACCACAAAUGUGGUUGCCGGCAUCAGUCAUAAAGAUCAAGCCGCAAAAACUCCUCCUCCCGAAGAAAGCCAAUUGACGAAUAGACAGAAGCGGAUCUUAGCAAAGCGAGAAGCACUCAGAUCCAGAAUAAGUCCUACCGCUUGGCAUAGAAUGCAAGAGGCGAAUAAAAUACUCGCUAAAGAAACAGCCAGACGUGACGCAAUUUCGGACAAGCGCAAUGAAUUGCUGAAAAUGCGACCAGGUGGUACAAUACAACAGUUCUCGACAUACGCCCCACCUACCUCUGAAUGCGAGUGUUACUGGCUUGCUGAAGAGGGCGCACAAAUGAAAGAAGUUGAACAGAAAUUGAAUAUCAAAAUCAUGUUUGUCUUUGAAAGAUCUCAUCUGUUUCGUCUUUGGUCCGACCCAGCAGAUUGGGAUGCCUUUGAAAAGGACCCUGUAGAGGGAAUGAGAUUGCUUGCCAGAUGCGAGAAAUUCAUGGAAUUCUGGAUUUGGGUUUUUGUAUCUACAGGUGGUGCAACACAUCGAGUUUCAUUGACUACAUGUCUUGAAUGGUUUUUGCUUGGGGAGGCUUCUCCUGAGUAUAAGGAAUUUACCAGAUUGGGUUCUGCCACGAAACCAAUCAAAGAUGUUGAAGCUAUAGAGGCAUUCAAGAAGGAUGUAGGUACUUGA